UCUCGCUUAAUUUUAUAAUUUUAAAGGAUGGAAGACUAUCGAAGUAAAUUAAGAUCAGCAAAAAAUCAGGCAAAGGAGUCAAGCAAACCAAAUAAGACAGUUACAAAGAAAAAGGAAAGAACAACAAAAUCAGAAAGAACCAAAGAAGAAGAUGGUCUUGAAGAUAAAUGUAAAGAAAAGGGAAAACCUAAAACACAAUUCAUACAGACCAAUUUAGAAUCCUACUUUCCUCCUUCACCUUAUGGUAAAUCACGACAGGAAACUUAUGGAGAUCGAUUUAUACCUUCCAGAGAUCGAGAUAUAGUAAGAGAUUUCCAAAUCAUGGAGCCUUCGUUUUUAACCGGGCAAUCAAGUUCUAUUCAUGCCUCUUCUUCGAACAAGACAGUAAAGCCAACAAGUCGAAUCGAUGCUUUCUUUCGUGCAGAGCUAUUUGAUGAUUUAUCUGCUGUAGAUGAAUAUAUCUCUCCAGAUUCACCUUCUCGUACGCCUAGGAGAGUUUUCCACUAUACGACUAAUAAACCAAAUACAAUGAAUCAUGAUUUUAAUUCACUUUUAUAUGCAACUAUACCCACACCACCCUCAUUAUCAUCAUCUACAUCCUCAUCAAGUCGUGCUGUUGUGCAGCCUACAGUGAAUAGGAAAAAGAAACAAACUCGGUCUUCCUCAUCCUCAUCCUCAUCAUCUAAUCAGUCCCAUUUAUCAUCUUUACCAUCGACCUUUAUUCAUUCUGCUGGGAACCACCAAAGACAAACUAGUUUUUUCAUAGAUUCUCCUAAUAGUUCCUUAUUUCAAACCACACCUAUUAGUGAAGCGGGUCGACGUAUCCUUUCAGUACCUGAUCGACUGAAUCGAUCUAUCAAUUCAACACCUAUCAAGAUUCUGGAUGCACCCGACCUCAAAGAUGAUUUUUAUUUAAAUCUAGUGGAUUGGGGGACAAAUGAGAUGUUAGCAGUAGGCUUAGGCACGAGUGUCUAUCUAUGGAACGCGAAUACAAGCCGAGUCACGAAACUAUGUGAUCUAGUAAGUGAUUAUGUAGCCUCCGUCAAAUGGUCUCCAGCAGGUUCAUUAUUAUGUGUAGGAAGUGAGAAUGGUAAAGUGAUACUUUAUGAUACAGAGACGUUAAGGAAGGUUAGAGUAUGGAGAGCGCAUCAUGCCAGAGUAGGUACGCUGGCAUGGAAGUCGAAUGUGUUAAGCUCAGGAGGUCGAGACCAUCUGAUUUUUCAUCAUGAUGUACGCUCUUCUUCAUCUUAUUUUCGAAAAUUAACCCAACACUCUCAUGAAAUAUGUGGAUUAAAGUGGAAUCCAGAGGGGACGAUGCUUGCGUCAGGCGGUAAUGAUAACGAUGUACUCAUCUGGGAUUCACAUCAUGAUAGCCUUCUGCAUCGAUUCUCUCAUCAUAAGGCAGCAGUCAAGGCCAUCUGUUGGAGUCCUCAUAAACGAGGUGUACUGGCGAGUGGAGGAGGUUCGAUGGAUAAGACAAUCAAAUUUUGGAAUGCUAUCUCUGGUACACUUACUUCAUCUUACGAUACAGGUUCACAGGUAUGUAACCUUAUCUGGUCCAAGAGAUCAGAUGAAAUCGUCUCCUCUCAUGGUUAUUCGAAUACAGAGGCUAAAUUAUCCAAUCAAGUCAUUGUUUGGAAAGCAGAUAAAAUGCAAAAAUUAGCCACCUUGACAGGUCAUACCUCUCGUGUCUUAUAUAUGACCAUGAGUCAUGAUGGAAGUACGAUUGUAACAGGCGCUGGUGAUCAAACUUUACGAUUUUGGGAUCUAUUUUCUUCAGUUGAAAGCAUAAGACCUAAUGCGCCAAAAGACAGACAAGCUUGUCUAAGAUAAUGUAUGUAUAUAUGUAUAUGUAUGUGUAUAUGUACGUACACUCCAUGAUACAUAUUUUGUGUAUAUAUAUAUAGUAAUAUACUUCUUUUCUAUUUUUUUUUAAUAAUGCAUCAUCUUUCACGAAAAUAUAAUAAAGUAUGCCAUACUUGAUAAAUUCUAUACUUAUAAA